UGGAGGCCCUCAGGCAUGCCUGGACAACCAAUCUUAUAUUUCAUUCUGCUGAGUACUCUGAUCAACAAGGGCCAACCUUGUUUCUGUGAUCACUUCCCAUGGACUCAGUGGUCCAGCUGCUCAAAAACAUGCAAUUCUGGAACUCAGAACAGACAGAGACAAAUAGUCAUGGAUAAUUACUAUUGGGAUAACUCAUGUGACCAACUUUGCACCAAGCAAGAGACCAGAGAGUGCAACUGGCAGACAUGUCCCAUCAACUGCCUCCUAGGAGACUACGGGCCAUGGUCUGACUGUGACCCCUGUGUUAAAAAACAGUCUAAGGUUAGAUCUGUCUUGCGCCCUAGUCAAUUUGGAGGACAACCAUGUACUGAGCCCCUGGUGACCUUUCAACCAUGCAUUCCAUCUAAGCUCUGCAAAAUUGAAGAGGCUGAUUGCAAGAAUAAAUUCCACUGUGACAGUGGGCGCUGCAUUCCCAGCAAGUUAAAAUGCAAUGGAGAAAAUGACUGUGGAGAUAACUCAGAUGAAAGGAAUUGUGGGAGAACAAAGGUGGUGUGCCCAGGGCAGCGGACUCCCAUACCUAGUGUACACUCUAUGGGCACUGGGUUUCAUUUUCUGGCAGGAGAGCCCAGAGGAGAAGUCCUUGAUAACUCUUUCAAUGGAGGAAUAUGUAAAACUGUCAAGAGCAGUAGAGCAAGUAAUCCAUACCGUGUUCCAGCCAAUCUCGAAAAUGUCAGCUUCGAGGUAAAAACUGAAGAAGAUGAUUUGGAAACAGAUUUCUACAGGGAUUUAAUUGAUCUUGGAAAGAAUGAAGAUCAACAAUCCUCUUUGUUGGGUGCAGAGAAGAGCUCUUUUCAUGUGCCAAUUUUUUAUUCAUCAAAGAAAGCUGAAAGUGUCACACGUAACUCAGCCUUCAAACAAGCGAUUCAAGCCUCCCACCAAAAGGAUUCGAGCUUUAUUAGGGUCCAUAAAGUGAUAAAAGUCUUAAACUUCACAAUGAAAGCUAAAGAUCUGCAGCUUUCUGAUGUCUUUUUGAAAGCACUUAACCAUCUGCCUUUAGAAUACAACUCUGCUUUGUACAGCCGGAUAUUUGAUGACUUU